AUGGCCCUGCUCCACUACACUUUCGACCAACUCGAGCGGUACCUGGAAUGGGCCUUGGCCGAGCACGGCGAGGUCACCCCGACUUCGACUGCCCUGUUCCCCAAGUAUCCACCGUAUCCGGGCGUCUUUGUCGAGGAUCUCAGCCAGCUGAACCGCUUCAAGCGGAACUCUUUUACGGCGGUGGUGGGAACCCUAUUCCUACUGGCCUUCACUGGGAAUCUGUGCGCCCUGGUCGUGAACUCCCGCCGGAAACUGAGACCCUUCUUCAGAGCCUGCCUCAUAUCGCUGGCCUGCAGUGACCUCGCCUCCACUGUCUUUUGCACCGUGUCCUACAUGGCACAGUUCCACGGGAAAUACCUUCAGCUUUGGACCAUUGGUGGCUUUAUGUGCAAGUUUGUGCCUUUUAUAACCACCACAUCGGUGUUGUCCGGCAGUCUGACCCUGGUGGCCAUUGCCCUGGAUCGCUACUUGGCCGUGAUGCGACCCGUGCUGGGUUUUUGGAACCCAGACAUCCGCUUCAGCUGCAUGAGCAUGCUGCUCAUCUGGGCCUGUUCGAUUGGAUCCUCUGGACCGCUGUUGGGGAUCUACGAGUACAAGGAGAUCUUUCUCCUGGAAGAGAGUGACACUUCUGAGAACAGUGAGGAAAUCACGGCCGCAGUGCCGGAGGAACUGGUGGUCACCGAAUUGGAAAUGGCACAUAUGUGCGUAGCCGGAGACCACGAUGUUGGACUCUACUACGUCAUACUGUUCACCCUGAUUUUUCUGCCCUGCAUAGUGUCCUUCCUCUGGCUGAAUGCCACGAUUGCCAGGCAGCUGUGGCUGCGGAGGCACUUCCACCAGGAGCAGCAGGUGCAGCAGCAGGAGCCCAAGGAGGGUCAGUUCAAGUCGAUGGGCAAUGGCGGGGACCUGCUGAUGCCCUCCACCUUGGUCAGUGCCAUGGGUGUGGCCCUGCCUUUUGCGCUGGAGAAGACUUCGCUGCCACCAAAGAAUCCGGUCAAGGAUCCUGGCAAGAAAACCACAGCUGUUGCCCUGGCCAGGGAGGCUAGACACCGCAAGAUGGUGGUGGUGGUGAUCCUGAUGAUGGCUGUCUUCAUCUGCCUUCGAUUGCCUGCCUGGGUUUUCCUGAUCAUGCGACUUUUUGGUUCCUAUUCAGAGCCCAUCGACUGGCUGCUGUACUUCAGUUUCGGCAUACUAAACCUGUUCAGCUGUGCCUUGAAUCCGAUUUUCUAUACCUUCCUAACUCAAACCAUUCGCACAGUGUCGCUGGUGAAGCAGAAAGUACGGGGAUUCUUUGGCUGUGCAUCUGGCGAAGUGCAGGAGUCCAUGCCCACGGAUCAUGUGGAUAAGAGCAGGUGCUGCUGUGGACUGCGUCCGCCCACUUUCAAAUGGAUCUGUCAUCCGGCGCGGAAUAUGGCAGCACCCACUGGAAUCCGGGAUGCAGAGCAGCCAGAUCCACACUCCGACCAGGUGCAACCGGAUCCGAGUAGCCUGCGGCGAUUCCUCAGCUUCAACCGGGAGGUGUUCACCAUUUACAAGCAGUGCGAUGACUCGUCGAGUGCGUCAAUCGAGUCCUCCGCCUGA